CACACCAGGAGUAGCCAUACUGAAUUUCACCACACUUCUUUAUCCAGUGUCGCAGUAACUCUCACACUGAAUGGAUCGUUUACACGCGGCAAAUACGCACUCGAUAAUGGAGAGAACUUUGUGGAUUGGUGUUUGGGGGCUUCUGUUGUGCUCCAGCAUUGUCAACGGUGUACCAUACUCGAAGUAUGGCAGGAGCUGCAAGGAUAUCGGCUGCAGGAGCAAUGAAAUUUGUGUUAUGGCUGAGGAUCCCUGCACCUAUGAGUCAAGGGACAGGUGUGGACGGUAUCCCACUUGCACCAGGAAUGGGGCUGCUGGUGGAUUGAGCUGCACAACUCUAGUUUGCCCCAGCGGGCAAUACUGCAAAAGCAUUGAUGGACACGCAACUUGUGUCAACACAAACUCCAAUAUCGUUUUGGACGUAUUUGCAGAGGACGAGGGAGUGCACAGGGAUAUGAGUCGUCGACAGAGUUCCUCCGGGUAUCCUAGUGCAAAUCGAGAGACGCCGGUUGCGUCAGCGCCGUUGGAGUCUUCGGGCUCUGAGAAGUCUGGAUCUGGGGGGUAUCCUGCAGGGUCUGGGUAUCCAGCGAGUUCGGGAUAUCCAGCGAGUUCGGGAUAUCCAGCGAGUUCAGGGUAUCCAGCGAGUUCGGGGUAUCCAGCGAGUUCGGGAUAUCCAGCGAGUUCAGGAUAUCCAGCCAGUUCAGGAUAUCCAGCGAGUUCGGGAUAUCCAGCGAGUUCCGGAAAUCCAGCGAGUUCCGGGUAUCCAUCAGGUCGAUCAGACACCUCGAGCUAUCCGAGAGGAUCAGGUUAUCCGUCAGGGAACUCGAGGUACCCAACAGGAUCAGGUUCUCCGGACACUGUCCAACGUACCAGUUCUACAAAUUUAAACGCAGGGUACCCCAGCUAUCCAGGGCAGUACUCUCAAGGCGGUUACGGGCAAGGGUAUCCCCAGGGUGGAUCUGGACAGGCUUAUCCUCAGGGAGGCUAUGGUCAAGGGUAUCCCCAGUCCGGCUAUGGGCAGGGCUAUCCAGGUGGCUAUCAGGGUGGCUAUCAGGGUGGCUAUCAAGGUGGUUAUCAAGGUGGUUAUCAAAGUCAAUACCCCCAGGCCGGACCUGGCUAUCCUCAGAAUGCCCAGAAGCCCAGCCUUGGGGAUCAGCUCACAACUUUCGCCAAGAACCUCGCUCAACGCGUCCUCACGCAGACCAUCCAGGACAAAUUAACUGGUAAAUCCUAGGUGGAGAUCAUGAAGUCAAGGAUCAGAAAAGAGAAAUUAUCAGGAGAUUAAGCUAGAUGAUAAUUAGAAGAGAACUUUACUAUUAAUAAAGAAUUAUUUCUUCAG